GAGUACUGAUUACUUCAUCCUUAAAAGGAAAGCGACCUGUUAAUAGAUAAGAUAAUUUGGAUAAUAUUUAGCUUGCUUUAUAUGUGCGUGUAUUUCUCUUAAAGCUCUCAGGAAAGUAACCGGCAUCGAUAGUAAGCAAUGUGCAUUGCGAGCAUGUACAAUGCGGGUGCGUGCCGUUCAAUAACAGUUCUAGUGCUCGCACUUCUCUGCAUAAGAGUGAGUGCCAAUACCAGUUACCGCGAAACAGAUGCAAGAAAGGUGCUACAUCCUCCACAUGACUACUGGCUUUUGAGGCGAAGCCAUAAUGCGAACACUACCUUUGCGACAACGAAGACCUGCGUUCAGUUAGAAUACAUCGACAUGAAUGAGACAGCUGACUUAGCUAUGCUGGAUGCUCGCAAGAGCGGUAACGAAGAAUGGAGCCCUGUCAUGUAUAUCGCCUCCGCAAUUGCUGGGAAUGAAAACAAAUACGAUAUUCUGCAAUUCAGUCCAUUUGAAGACGACAGCAAUGCAGAAAUUGUCACCUUUAAUUACCAAGUCCUACAUGUGGCGCAGAACAGCUGCUACAUAGUGGCGAGGCUCGAGGGAAGCAGCGACACACUUCCUGAACAUGAUAAUAAACGGGUGCACAAUUGUGAGCUAUGGGUGAAAAAAGAGAAGUAUACUCCAAGUGAAAGCAGCAGUGUCACUGCCGACAACAGAAAGAAAUGCAUUCGUCAAUUUAGAGAGUUGUGUUCGGUUGGUAACAGACUAUAUUCUAAACGUGCUUGUGAAAGCUAGCAAAAUUUAUAAAGAGACGCCGCCAUCAAGUCGAUGAUUUAUUUUUGGCAUGCCGAAUAGAGCCUGGUUCUACUAAUAAAAGGCAAUUACUGAUUUUGA